GUGAGAUAUCCGAGGGUUUCCAGGGGUCCCGGCGAGGUGGACAAAUUCCGCGAGCAAAACAUAGCAAAAAUACGAGCAUCAGCCAGAACCGUCAGCCCUCUGUCAGCAAUGUAUCCUUUUUCGGAGCGCAAAUACCAGUGGGCAAAAAGCUUAUCAACUCAGUCGGUUAGAAAUUGUCGGCGAGCUACGUUGCGGAUUUCACCGUCAACCGGGUAACCACCGGUGGAUUGCUGUUUUCUGUGUUCGGUCGGUUCGACUCAGCGAUUGCGUGCGUCCCGAAAGUGCGUGUUAGAUUUGCGUCUCUAAGGGGGCUUCUCCACGUGACCCGGUGAACGUGGUGUUGAUGUAGCCGUCCGUGUGUGUUUUCGUGCCCAGUUUUCAAGGGGAAGUACAGAAGGGUUGCUGGGGCAGUAUAGUGGAUGUGAUUCUUGAUGAAACCGAGCGGGUUUGAAAAGUGGUGUAAUUACAGAACCAAUUGAUAUCGAUUUCUCGAACCAAUGCUUUUGUUUGUUCUAGUAUUUCACGGUAGUUUCUAGUAUCUGUGAAAGUGAAUGAUUGAAAUCAACGUGUAAGAGCUUCCGUUAGGCUGCUGGGUGAGAUAAUUGGAUCGCUGUGGAAAACGGAGUGAAAAUUGGUAACGCUUCUCCUGGGCCCCAACUUCAACAUACAACACAAAAAAAACAUUCCGUAUGUUCGUCUCGUAGCGGACGUUGAGACAGCUAUAAAAAACAAACCAGAGGCCGACGACAUUCGAGCUGAAGUGUCUACAAUUGUUUCCAACUACAUCAACUACCAAAACCAACCACGAACGAAGGAAGACGAAUGGAUACAAAAAGACAUCGUAAAAAGCCAAAAAUAUUUGCAAGAGAACCCAAAUCUCUAUGUGACAAAAGCUGACCAGGGAAAUAAAACGGUAAUAUUGUCAGCCAACGAGUACCACCAAAAAAUGACCACGAUGUUAAAUGAUACAUCGACCUACAAGCUACGAAAAGACAAUCCAUCGAAUAAAGUGUUGAAAAAGUUAAACACCAUAGUGGAGCAGUGGUGGUUAGACAAACACAUAGACUCAGCAACCAAGCGCAAACUUAAAGUAUACAACUGUAACCCACCGCGAGUCUAUGGACUUCCCAAGAUCCACAAAGAAAACCGUCCUCUCAGACCCGUUGUAUCCACCAUCGGCUCAGCAACUUAUCGUAUGGCCCAAUAUCUAUCAGAAAUUUUGAACAAUUUGGUAGGUAAAACGGAGUACCAUGUGCGCAACAGUUUCGACUUCGCAGAAGAGAUAUCCAAGGUGAGGGUACCGGAGGGAUUUGUACUCUAUUCGCUAGAUGUAAUAUCCCUCUACACUAACGUUCCGGUAAACAAGGUGUAUGAGUAUGUGGAGGAAAGAUGGAACGAGCUAGAGCACGAAACGAGCAUUCCCUGGCAAAGUUUCAAACAGGCCAUGCAGACGGUACUAGAAGCUUCCUUUUUCCAAUACGAUGGGAAAUGUUACGAUCAAAUAUUUGGUGUACCGAUGGGAUCCCCAUUGUCUCCAGUUAUUGCAAAUAUAAUUAUGGAAAAACUAGAAAAAGAUGCAAUAGAAAAACUAAAGCAUAAAAACAUAUCGCUCACAGUAUACCGCCGAUAUGUAGAUGACUGUUUUUUAGUAGGACGAGAAAACGAAAUAGAAACGGUUAUGAAUGUGUUCAACGGGGAACAAAACAGCAUUAAAUUCACGGUAGAAAAGGAGCAAAAUAAUUGCAUCCGCUUCCUAGACCUUCAUUUGACUAGAGAAGGAGAAAAAAUAAGCAAGACGUGGUACCCUAAGCAAAAAACGGGUCGAUACCUUGACUACACAUCAGAGAGUCCGCAUAGUCACAAGAAAAACACUGUCAUCGCACUAUUUGACAGAGCGCUUAAACUCACAGAUGUAGAAAAACGGGAAGAAACCAUAAAAGCGGCAUCGGACAUGUUACGCUGCAACAACUACCCGGAUCAUUACAUUAAGCGUGUGCUUAAAGAUCGAGUAGAAAUACUUUACAACACCAUGCGAACCAGGAGAACAGACGAACGAACAACAAAAUAUGCAGCGAUGCCGUACAUCCCCUGUUUGAGUGAGAAGAUCGGAAAGCUUCUACGCAAAAAUGACGUCAUCGCAGCGUACCAGCCGAUGGACAAAAUAAAACACACAAUUUUUACCCGACUGAAGGACAAAAUCCCAAAAAUGCAACAAACAAAUGUUGUCUAUACCAUCCCUUGCGGCGGCUGUGACAAUAGAGCGUACAUUGGACAAACAUCACAAACACUGGACAAACGCAUAACGCAACAUAAAAAUUCCAUACGCACAAGCACGUCGAUCACGGGUUUAACUCAGCAUGCGAUGGAACAUGGACAUCAGUUUGAUUUCUCCAAGACGCGUGUAUUGGAGAAAAUCAACAACGAAGCAAAUAGGCUGGCAGCUGAAACACUACAUAUAAAAAUUCGAGAGAAGAGCGCAGUGAACUUACAGCGCGACGCUGCCGGUUUCUCCUGUGCCUACAACGGCCUUCUCAACAAGCUGCGACCGACUCAACACUACGAGCGAGAGCGACAAAGAGAGACGUCACAUACGUGAGGGAAAAUAUUCAAAUUUAGUUAGAACGUGAUAGCCACAGUGAGAA